ACUCCUUGCUUAUUUUUUACUCGGCUUAGAUAUUUAAACAGCGAAAGUUCACAGCAAUUUACUAACCGCAAUUCGGCAUGCAAUCAAGGAUUCAGCCGGGACGAAUACGGGCUAGCCUGCUAUUUGUUACCCGUGUCAAACUUUCGACGCAACCUCGAAAACUUUCGCCCAUUAAAAUCACUACAGCGCCUGGCAGCUUUCCACAGGCUUUUUCAUGCAAGUAAGAAGCGUUUUCCGACCACAAAACAGGCGAAGUGAUGUCACUACAGCAGGCCGUAUAUCAGAAACUUGACUUGCUCGGCUCCCAGAAACCCUCAUACGUGUAGCAACAAGCGACCGCAAGCCAAACACGCCUUUGACAUUUGUGCGCGCCGUACUGCAUCGGCGGUUGGAUAUUCCUGCUCCCGAGAUGUUGGAGUUAUAGAACACGUUACCGGUCCGAUGGUAAAGCGGAAAAAGCCUGGAUCAUGCUCUGCACAGGAAGAAAAGCGCCCCGAAGACUCAUCAACGGAGGCUGGGAAGGAAGCCGGAGAUGCAUCGGCUCCUAACCGCGCCGAAGUCCAGCCUGCUGCUGUUCAGCAGCUCGCUCGCACUCGUUCCCAGAACGCCCCACGUCUCGGCUCGCCCAGCGGACUGAACAGUGCAGCGGCUGGUGACGAUGGUGUGUCGGAGAAACAAGAGGCGAAAAGUGCAGUGCCUGUGCAGCGUUCAAGCUUGCGCGUUACGAAGCGACCGCGCAAAGACGCCAGCCCGCCGCCCAGUACGUCCAACCCGCCCGCCACCAAUGCGGCUGCAAACAAGAAAUCCACUGUGUCAAAGCAAGGCGGGGCCGAUGCUGGCAAGACACGCCGCCCGUGGGAGCUGUGGAGUAUCGAGGACAAGAAUGCCUUCUUUGAAGCUGUUUGUGAGUUUGGGAAAGAUUUUGAGAGUAUUCAGUCAUAUAUCGCUCAGCGGAGCAAGAAGAAAGGUGUGCCCGCACACUGCAUCAAGAACAAGGAUCAAGUACGACACUUCUACUACAGGACAUGGCACAAAAUAGCGAAGGUCAUGGAUAUUGGAGAAGGCCGGGAAGAUGUGAAGAAACAGACACAGGAACUCUAUGGGCUCAUCAACUAUGCUGAACUGCGGAAAAAAUACAGCGCAUGUAUUAAUCAGAAAAGUGGACAGCUUCUCACUGAAUUAGUGUUGACUGGUUCAACCAUGGUGAAAAUUCGGGGCAAACGGAUUCGCAUCAAGACUCCAGUGUGCCGAGCUCUCAAGAAAAUCAACAAUGUUGACACGAAGGAUGAGCCACCCAAGCUUCCAGCUGAUGUGUGGGUGGAGUUCCGGCCUCGCACCAAUGCUGCUUGGGUGCAGGUACAGUCUCUGGCUCAGAAUCCUCGGGUACGCACAAAGACCAGCCUACAGCGCCGGCUCUCCAACGUACUCGAGCAUUUGCAGGCGCGGUGGAAACCACUCCGCCUGCGACAGAAGGAACAGGCAGUAGCCAGCCUGGCAGGCACAGACUGCAAGGCCCUGGCCCAGAUGGAGCCCGAGGUGGCACAGGAGCUGCGAGUCUGGCCCAGCACCCCCAUCUCGCCUGUCAGCAUCUCAGCCAUGGCCUCAAGCUUGGAUGUGUCCUUCCAGUGCCACCGCAAGAAGGCUGCCACCAUGGCGGACGGGCUCAAGUCACGCCCCACAAGGCCAACCAAGCAGUCACGAGCCAUUAAGGCGGCAGCGUCCCAGGCCGCCACAACCACCACAACUUCCUCCACAACAACUGGAAAUGCAGCGCAAGAUUCGACGACAGAUGCUGUUGCAUCUGUUGAGCCUGCUCAGCAAAACAGCAGUAGCAGUGGCGGUGAGACGGCAUCACAAGGCAGCAGUGUUCCGUCCUCCCCACCACCACCUGCGGGACAGGUGGAGGAAAAUCCCGAGGACGAGGCCGCGAAGUCGUUGACCCUGCUGCGCAGCAUGCUGGAGCCUGAUCCACCAGUGACAACGGCGAGCACUGUUCCGGGGACUCAGUGUUCAGCUACUUCAAAUUCACGCCUCACCUCUUCACCACCGGUGACUCCAACCCCAAUGCCAGCUGCCAUUGAGUGUGUCCAGAACAUCCUGGCAGACGGCAGUGCGGUGACAAGGGGCCUGACGCUGGGGCAGUUGCUGGGCAAGGCUGCCGAGGAGGCUCGUCAAGGCGGUGAGGAAGAGGAGGACGAAGGAGGAGAGGCUAGGAGAAAGAAGCGAGAGGAAGAGGAGCAGGAGGAGAAAAGGAGCCAGCAGGAGCAGCAGGAAGAGGCCAAGAGGAAGGAAGAGGAAGAGCAUGCCCGUGAGCGUAGCACUAAAGGAUGGACAGCCCAGGAGGCUGGGCUAAUGACCAUUGGCGAGCUCUAUCUCAUGAUGGGGUGCCCGAGCAAGAUAAUUCUUCAUUAUGAUUUUUGUCCUGUGGAGCAGAAGGUCGACAGGAAGUCCAAGAUCAGCCUUGAGUGCACAACAAUGUUGAAAAAAUUGCUCAGCCUUGCAACUGUCAUGUUUGCCGAGAAGAGCAAGCAGGGUCCACUGUCGCCUCCUGCGGGCAGAUGUGGCAGCAGCGCUGGAACAGGAGGAGGGCGGGGUACUGCUGUUAGUGGCACGCCUCCUUCGGGUAAAAGUGGCGGGGGUGGUGGGUCCAGCGGAACACGUGCCAAUGCCGGAGGCACCCCUCCCUCGGGCAAGAGUGCGGCAAGUCGCGCCCUUGGCCGUAGCCCGUCGACACGCACAGCCCAGCGGCCCACAUUGCAGCAGGUGCAGCAGGCGCAGGUGCUGGAAAACGCAGCCGAUGGGUCGGCAGCCACUACAGCCUCUGCCACUGACCAGCACGUCUUUGUGGUCCCCAUGGGUAUGGCCCCGCGAGCUCACAAGCAGGCGGGGGUACCGGGCAUGCCCACAGACAUCACGCAUCAGGAGCAGCUGGAUUGCGGUGUACUCCCACAGCGACUGAUUCCAGGACACAGGCGAGGCAUGCGCCUGCGGGCGGUGCGCAAGCCCUUGGUGGUCCAGCGGCCCCUGCUACCCCGUGCCGACAGGCGUCCUGUCACACUGGUCCAGCUGCUGCCCUCGACCCAAGCCACACUGGCUGCUGUGGUGCAGCCCUUGGCAUCAGAUCCCCUGCCCCAAGGCAAAGGGAUUGUGAAGCUCAUCCACCCAGCAGCUGCCACAAGCAUUGCAGGGGCUACAUUCGACAUGCAGCCCGUGCAGGUGCCACUGAUCGAUGCUAGCAGCGUGGCCAUGUCAGUCUCGUCGUCAGGGCAUUCCAUCACAACCAGCAGCCCUGCUGUCGUGGAGGCCACCAGCACAUCCACUGUGCUGGUGGCCUCACAACAAGCUCACACAGUGGCUGUCGUCCCAAGCACACCACAGGCAACAAACAUUGUGGUGGAUGAAACGCCUGUCCUUGCUCUGGCCGAAAGCACCGAAGCAGUGCAGACCCUUGCUGCAGAUACAUUGGACGUUCCAGCUGCUACUGCUGCUGCAGCUGCUUCACCUGUCAGAGUCCAGCCCCUUUCACCACCAAACAUUUCAUCUCUACUUGACAUUUCCUUACCUGAAAGUCUUCCAUCAGAAGGCACGGCUGCACAGAUCUUGGAUGAUGCUGCCACUCUACCAAACUUGGGCGCUACACUCUCGGGUCUCUCAGCCCUCGACACAGACGGUCCUGCAAUUGAGGCUAGCAAUCCUCUGCCAAGCUUUACUGCUGUCUCAGACUCAAGUCUUGCCUCUGCCUUCAAGCUGGCCUGCGAAGAAGUGUCUGUCACUCCUGUAGAGAAAACUGCCAUCACUGACAAGACAGACGGCUUGACAACACCACCCAUGAGUCCGUUCAAGCUUGUUCAUUCAGCUCCGGAUUCCAAUUGGCUGAAUGGAGAGGGCUCAAAUUUUUCGCUGAGUUCCCUGCUGAACACACUGGACUCGCCACUCAAGGUGACCCAAGUAGGAGCACCGUCAGUGGCACCCGAACCCCCUGUUCUAGCCUUGGAGAACUCGAGCCUAGACUCUAUCUCAAGGCUGGCACCUGAUGUCGACACCCAGCUGCAGUGCCUCAUGAAUGAGAACAGCGUAGACUAUGUCGCAAAGUUUGCCGACCUCGCUGCGCAGAUUGCCUCGUCCAAUUCAGAGAGCAAAUCCACGUAGAGACUUGGAUGUCAUUUUCUGGCUCACUCAUUGUACAUAGUUGUGUACCAUAGAACUGUUGGAAACCAUUAUUUAUUGCACUAUGUAGUGUUCACUUUGCUCCAGGUGUAAAUAGGACCAUAAGACUUGUACUGUUAACUGUGGAAUGCAAUGCCACUGUGUGGUACGAACACUUUGGGUGCAUUACAGGAAGCCCGGAAGUUUUGCUACUCUGUCUUUCUGCCCCUUCUUUUCUUUUCAUUUUUUUUUCUUGUUGCAAGUGUCCAAAGUAUGACAAAGAGUAUCGUAGCAGCGUGCAGUGGACGUUGAUGUUCUGUCACCAGCCUUAUUCAGUGUUUGGCGCAUGCUGAAGCGAUUGCGUGUAAAAGUCCAGCGUUGCAAGGCACCAGCUCUCCCGUGUGUUGAAACUAUCACGUGUGUAUUCUCAGCAGUCAUUGAACAAUGCUGUCAAGCUUAUUGAGACAAAUCUGGGUUUAUCAGAAGUCACAGCCUAUUCCAGGCGCAAAAUAAUUGGGGUGUUUUAGCAUAGCAUGCCACGUGACCCACUGCCUUUUGGAGUUGCAUGGGCACUUGCUUUUUUUUUCAUGCACAUGCAGCUGUUCUGGGAGCUCACCAAGCAGAAUGCAAGCCAAUUACAUACUUUCUUUGUUACUUUCUCUCCAGCAGCUCGUGGCUUAGAUGAUAUAGUCAAACGUUGCUGUAAUCAUUUGCAUCCGACAACAAAAUAUUUUCAUUAUAUCUGAUAUCUAUUAUAAGGUCAUAUAUAUUCGUUACAUGGAGAUAUUAUUCGUUAUUGGAGAUAUUUAAGAUUUACUUCAUUAAAUAUCAUUGGUUACAUCUGCUGCAGUUGACUUCCGUUUAUUCGACAAUGACAGGAUCUACAAAAUUGAUCGAAUUAUCCAGCAGGUUGAUUUGAACAAGAGCCACAAAAAACACAGAUACACACUGCUGAUUCAUUUGGCAAUAUAUUCCAAAUUCUAACACGAAGGAGCAAUGAUAUAUGAAGGAGAACCCACUUUUAUGUGUUCAAAGCAGGAAAAUAACAUAAAUACUAUGUUAAAGCUCUAUGUUAAAGCUCCUAAACAAAGUAAAAAUGUAAGGCACACCCAAUAGUUUAGCAACUAAAAUGUAGCAUGCCUCUAGUUCUGCAAAUGACAAAAGCCUGAAACCAGCAAAGUUUGCCUUUGCAGAUUAGAAAUUUAUUUAGACCUAGGUAACAUCUAUUGCCAUCGUCAAGCGUUAGAAUUGAAAUAACAAAAAAUCUAAUUAAGUGAAUUUGAAUUAACGGAAGUCGGAGUUAAGCUGAAUGUUUUAUGCCCCUCAGCUCAGUGAGCAAGGCUUCCAUGUGGAAGCUGAAAUGUUUAAGAAUUUUUAGACAAACCCAUUUUGUUUGACAUUCUGUUUUUCUUCAACUUAUGGCGUUGCUGUUCUGAUUCUCAUGUAGCUGGUUUCAGGGUGUAUGAGUUUCAGCACUGUUCAUUUCUCACCAGUGCAAAUGGACCUCGACAUAUUCAAAGCCAGCAUUCUAUGACCCUUGAGAUUACACUUGUGACUAAAGUAUUGCAAUAUGGAGGUGGUUAACUGCUGUUUUAACUGAAGUCAUUGAUUUAGUUGAAGAGGUAAAGUGAAGUACAAAAUCUUUGCUGCAGCUCUUUUGAUAGGCAAAGUGUACAGACUGCAUUCAAGAGGGUUCUGCCUUUUAUGUUGUGUAUUUCGAUUCACUUUGUUGCAUUUACUGGAAACAUUAUCUCGUGAGUUGGCACAAAGGUAGCAUGUGAUUGGGAGAUGCUACAAUGCACCUCUCAACUUUGGGCUCUGUAAUCUGGAUGUGAAAGCUUGCUCAUUUUGUGACAUCAGUAUCCUGUGGGUCUCUCAGGCACACAAACAGAGGCUUUGGAAAGUAAAAACUCAUUUAACGCCCCCGUCUGCUUAGGUCACUCAGCAGUGGUAACACAAGCUAUGCCAACUGUACCUGUAGCAUUGGAAUUUUUGCUGGCAUGUGGCGUGCCAUUAUGUAGACGGUGAGUCGGCACUCUGCGCUACAGCAAUAUGAUAUGACUAAUGUGUGCAGUAGCAUUCAGAACACCUGUUGCAAAUCUUCCACUAUCUCAGAACUCUCUGCAGGGGGUGCCAUGCAUAAUGCAUUGCAUGCCAGCAUUGCCUAGUUGGUACCUUAAAGCUGAUGCAGGAGAGGUAAAAUGCUGGUGAGUGAGACAUUGCGUAUUUGAUUCGA